AUGGGCAAACUUAAAGAGAGGAAAAUUGCUUUGACCCCAGAGGAAUUGAGAGCCUUAGAACUCCAGGCCCGGAUCCGAAUGAAGGCUCUCGUUCGGCAGGCCCUCGUCAACGCUGACUGGCUGUGCGCCCGCGAAGACGAAGUCGAGAUGGGCGGCAACGUGCGCCGAAACGUCGCCGUGCUCCUUAGGAAGAAGACCUUGGCUGCGGAUCAGAGUCUUCUUAGCUUGGAGGAAAAAAGAACGAUGCGUAAACCAAGCAAUAAAAGGACAGAUGAAGAAAAACAGAAGUUGAUCAGAAUUUUGGGAAAUUUAAAAUGUUUUAGACGUUAUCCUAAGAAAGUCAGCAGAAGUUUGGCAAGUUCUGCCUAUUACAUGUAUUUGCCCAAAGGAAAAGUUUUGGUGAAAGAAAAUGAUAUGCCCCAAUCUCUGUAUUUUAUUUUACAAGGAUCUAUUAAGUUGACGCAGAAAAAAUGGGAUUACUUUGACGAGGCUUAUUUUGCUGAAGAUUUUGGAACUUCUAAAAGUGGCGAUUUGAUUGGAGAAUUUGCAAUGUUGUAUAGUGUGCCCAGAAUGCAGACAUGUGUUGCCUUGGAAAAUUGUGAACUAUUAUCUAUACAUAAAAAGGACUUUGAUUCGAUAUUAAACGAGAUGUUAGCCACAAAAUGGGAUCAAAUACAAAGGGCCAUAAGUUGCUUCACAUAUUUUAAGGACUUAGAUGAAGUAUCUUUGCGUGAAUGUUGCAUUUUAGCAAAAAUCAGAAGUUAUGAACCCAUGAAGACAAUUUAUGGUGAUGGAAAAGGCACCAAACACGUUGUUUAUUUUCUUUUGAGUGGAACAUGCAGAUUAAUUGAAAGACUACAAGUCGAGGUGACAAAAGUUGGCAAAAAAGAGUUUUACAAACGUUAUGAACCGACUGAGGAAGAAAUUAAACAUGCCCAAGAAAUGCAAGAAGAAUUCGAACCCCAAAAAAGAUUAUCAAUAGGAGAACAACUUGCCAGACAUUUUAAAACUCAGAGAAUUAUAUGCGGUUGUACGAACUUUUUGCAAACUGGUGAAAUGGAUGAUGGCUUUAGAAGGGCUUUUCAGGUCCGAAACAGAAGGAGCAUGUUUUUAGAAAUUGAGGAAUUCAAACGUGAUGAACAAGCCGAGAUUGCAGAUGAGAAAGAAAUAAAUGUGGAAGAAAUUACUUAUAAUUAUGGGAGUGCUGAUUUAGAAUAUCAAGAACCACCUGAAAAAGACAUCAGGACCGUAUUCAUGCAAUUAGCAGUUAUGAGCAGGGGCUCCGUUUUUGCAUUAGGAGAAUAUAUGAAAAACAGGGCCGUAGUCUCAAAAGAUCCAGUGGUCGUUUUACUAAUACCAAGAUACUGGUUGGCCCAGCACCAUUCCCAAUGUUGGGGCAGAAUAAUGCAUUUUUUAGACAGAUAUAUUCCAAGUUCUGAUGCAGUUUUCAAGGAGUUUGUUGCUGGUCGCAAAUGGAGAAAUGAAAAACAUGCUUAUAGAAAUAAACUUAUAGAAAGUUCCAGAAAACCCUUGUCGACUUCAAUAAACGAAGUUCCAUAUUCUAUUCGAAUGGACGAAGAUUUAGAUUUUACUUUUGCCGAUACUCAAAAAUAUACCCAAAUGUGGGACAACGUAUCCACCAGGGCCAGGAAAGUCACCUCGAGAGAAGGGUACAGGCCCAGGAGGAAAGAUUUGUGA